AUGUCAGAUAUUGAUGAUUUUGACUACAGCACACAGAAUAACUCCAAUUCCUACCAGUAUUCGAAUGAACCUCCCGGCACGCCUACUCCCUCCCCCAAAGCUCCCACCACGCACAAUCCCCAGGAUCGAAUGGAACGCAAGCACCGAAGGUCAGUGAGUGAACAGAUCUUCAAUAUCCGAGACCGUUUUCUUAAGCGGAAUCCAACGGAGAAGAAUACAGACUACGGAAUGCAACAAGAAAUGGAAUCAAGUAGUGUGAAGGAGACGUAUAGUAUGAUAGGAGGAAAUUCCGGUGGGUGGGAUUAUAUAAAUCAAACUGGAAAUUCUCUAUAUUUCAACGACUUCUCUCCAUUCGAGAGACUGGAAGAUAACUCUACACAGCCUUACUCAACUAUUGGGAAAUCUGGAGGACAUUUCAAGCAGGCUCUAAAGAGAACUGUCAAGAAGGCUCUAACUUCCUCGCGAACUGUAAGUUAA